UCUCUAUCCCACCAUUGUAAAGCUUCCAGUCACUCCGAGACAAACCUUUCCUCUCUCUCUCUCUCUCUCUCUCUCUCCUUAGCUCAUUUUAAAUGUAAUUCUCGUAGAAUUCCAAAUCCAUCAUCCAUAAGAAUUGCGAUGCUCUGACCUUGAAUUGACAGUGAAUUCCCGGCACCUCUGCGUUUGGGAGGUUAUCGAAUGGGUCUCUGCAUCUCCCAGCCCCCCGCAAAUCCCAGCCCCUCUUCUCUGGAACUUGAUCUUCAACCUGUCCAGGACAAGUCUAUUCCGGUUCAGAGUAACUCCGUCCCAGCCAAGGAUGGCACCAAAACAACCUCCAGCUCCGCCAAUGUCGAGAGCCAAAACCCUGCCGGCCACCAGAACGGGAAGAAAUCUCCGUUCUUCCCGUUCUACAGUCCCAGUCCGGCGCACUAUCUCUUCUCUAAGAAGUCUCCGGCGAGAUCUCCGGCAAAUGUGAGCUCCAACUCUACUCCUAACCGGUUCUUCAAGCGGCCGUUCCCGCCUCCGUCGCCGGCGAAGCACAUACGGGCAGUGCUUGCGAGGCGACACGGCUUGGUGAAGCCGAACGAAGCGUCGAUACCGGAAGGGAGCGAGGCGGAGCACGUGAGAGGGCUAGACAAGAGCUUCGGGUUCUCCAAGCACUUCGGGAGCAAGUACGAGCUGGGAGACGAGGUUGGGAGAGGGCAUUUCGGGUACACUUGCGCCGCCAAGUUUAAGAAGGGCGAGCUCAAAGGCCAACAGGUCGCCGUAAAAGUCAUACCCAAAGCCAAGAUGAACACUGCCAUUGCCAUUGAGGAUGUGAGAAGGGAGGUAAAAAUAUUGAGAGCAUUGAGCAGGCAUAACAAUCUAGUACAGUUCUAUGAUGCUUAUGAAGACCACGAUAAUGUGUAUAUAGUAAUGGAGUUUUGCAAAGGAGGGGAGCUUUUAGACAGAAUACUCUCAAGGGGUGGGAAAUACACAGAAGAUGAUGCAAAGGCUGUCAUGAUACAAAUAUUAAAUGUUGUUGCAUUUUGCCAUCUCCAGGGUGUGGUGCACCGUGAUCUCAAACCUGAGAAUUUCCUUUUUACAUCAAAGGAUGAAAGCUCACAAUUGAAGGCCAUAGAUUUUGGCUUGUCAGAUUUUGUGAGACCAGAUGAAAGGCUUAAUGACAUUGUCGGUAGUGCAUAUUACGUAGCUCCAGAAGUUCUGCAUAGAUCAUACAGUACAGAGGCAGAUGUCUGGAGUAUUGGUGUAAUAGCUUAUAUCCUGUUAUGUGGUAGCCGACCGUUUUGGGCUAGAACUGAAUCUGGGAUCUUUCGAGCUGUAUUAAAAGCUGAUCCAAGUUUUGAUGAACCACCUUGGCCCUCAUUGUCUGUUGAGGCUAAAGAUUUUGUUAAGCGCCUAUUGAAUAAAGACCCACGGAAACGAAUGACAGCUGCUCAAGCUCUAAGUCAUCCUUGGAUUAAAAGUUCUAAUGGUGUAAAAGUGCCUCUGGAUAUACUAACAUUCAAACUCAUGAAGGCUUAUAUGCGUUCAUCAUCUCUACGAAAAGCUGCUUUAAGGGCACUAUCUAAAACAUUGACAGUAGAUGAGCUAUUUUAUUUGAAGGAGCAGUUUGCACUAUUGGAACCAAACAAAAAUGGCACCAUAAGCUUAGAUAAUAUGAAAGCGGCCUUGAUGAAAAAUGCCACGGAUGCUAUGAAGGAGUCACGUGUCCCUGAUUUUCUAGUGUCGCUUAAUGCAUUACAAUACAGAAGGAUGGACUUUGAGGAGUUCUGUGCAGCUGCACUAAGCGUGCAUCAACUUGAGGCUCUUGAUCGGUGGGAGCAACAUGCUCGUUGUGCCUAUGAAAUUUUUGAGAAGGAUGGAAACAGAGCUAUUGUCAUUGAGGAGUUGGCCUCGGAACUUUGCCUCGGCCCUUCAGUCCCUGUCCAUGCUGUUCUUCACGAUUGGGUUAGGCAUACUGAUGGAAAGCUGAGUUUUCUUGGGUUUGUCAAAUUGUUGCACGGUGUAUCUAGCCGAACCCUGGCAAAAGGUCAAUAACAGGUUCAAAAUCCAUGCUAGAGAACCAAGAAGCAUUAGUUGUGCUAUGCUAUCCUGACCUGCAAAAUGGCUGGUCAUGGGGGAUUGAGGCACUUUCUAGGCCCUUUAAUAUUCAUUGAUAAUUUCCAUUCCAAUUGGGAUCAGCACAGUCAGUUUGGACUAUUUUCAUCUCAAUGGACUGGGCUUGCGUACAGAUACUCUCAGGAUUGGAGAUGACCCCUGUGCUCCUUCAAGCCAAGAAGUCGAUGAGUUUUGUGUUUCUUCUGUAAAGCUUUACGUUUAGUUGCAGGUGAGAAUAUUUCUCAAAUGGUUGUUGUUGAUCUUCUGAUAUAUUGGAAUUGUCUGACAUAUUCAAAAGUUGUGUUAGAUUAUACUACAUGUUUAGUACUUUUUAAUCAGACGUUCCUUCCCAUCUUCA